CGCGCGUCCCCCCCACCCCCCCUGCCCCCCCCUCCGCCGCCACCUCGCCCGGCCAUGCCGCCCAAGAAGGUGUCCGCGCCGGCGGCUCCGGGGAAGAAGGCGGACCAGAAGAAGAAGGAGAAAGUGAUCGAGGACAAAACCUUUGGUCUUAAGAAUAAAAAAGGAGCCAAACAACAAAAGUUCAUCAAGCAAGUUGUUACUCAAGUGAAAAAUCCAGGAAAUGCCAAAGUGGUACCUGCAGCGGAUGACAAGAAGGGUAAAAAAGAUGACAAGCUGAAAGAAAUCGAGGAACUGAAUGCACUUUUCAAGCCAGUAGUUGCUGCUCAGAAAGUAAGCAAAGGUGUCGACCCCAAAUCAGUUGUCUGUGCCUUCUACAAACAAGGACAGUGUAAAAAGGGAGACAAAUGUAAGUUCUCGCAUGACCUGUCGUUGGAAAGGAAAGGAGAGAAGCGCAGCAUGUAUGUGGAUGCACGAGAUGAUGAUCUAGAAAAAGAUGACAUGGAGAACUGGGAUGAGGCAAAGUUGGAAGAGGUCAUCAAUAAGAAGCAUGGUGAAGAUGAGCUGCAGAAAACCAAAACAGAAAUUGUUUGCAAAUUCUUCCUGGAUGCCAUUGAGAGCCAGAAGUAUGGCUGGUUCUGGAGUUGUCCCAAUGGCCCAAGCUGCAUGUACCGACAUGCCUUGCCACCUGGAUUUGUUCUCAAGAAAGAAAAGAAAAAAGAUGAGAAAGAGGAGGAAAUCUCACUGGAGGACCUCAUAGAAAAAGAGAGAAAUGCGCUCGGUCCAAAUGUGACAAAGAUCACAUUGGAAACCUUCUUGGAGUGGAAAAUGAAAAAGAGAGAGGAGAAGGUCGUGAAAUUUCAGAAAGCUAUGGAGAAGAGGAAAGCAGAUUACAAAGCUGGAAAAACACUUGGGAUUAGUGGACGAGAGGUGUUUGAGUUUCAUCCAGAUCUGGUCAAUGCUGAUGAUGAAGAGGCAGAUGAGACAGAAUAUGCACCACAGUCAGAUGAUGAGAUGGAGGAUGAGGGGGAUGUGAAUGAGAUAGACGAGAGCAGGUUUGUGGAGAAGGAGGUGGACAUUUCAGGAAUAUCGGUCUCUCGGAAAGAGGACAGGUUCAACAACGUGCCAUCCCGAAAUGCAGCAUCUGCUGAUCAGGAAAGCCACAAACUUGCAGAGGCAUGUGGUGGUUCUGAGGAUCAUGCCAGCAAUGGAGAGCACCUGGAGCCAUCACUGGACAGCGGUCAGAUUGAUGGUGUGCCUGUGGAUGAGAAUCUCUUCACUGGAGAUGACCUGGAGGACUUGGAUGAGGAACUUGAAAACCUUGAUGUUGACGAUUAGAAAUUAAAGAAGAAGAAGAAAUUUACCUUUUUGAAAAAGAAAAACAGUGCUAAAUUUUCAUUUAUUUACUGCAUUGAUAAUUAGAUUCCAUUGAAGCCACAGAUGCCCAAAUGCUACAGCUAGGACUGGAUGUAUGGCAUAAAACCUGUUCAUCAAUGAUGGUAUUAAAUAGAUGUCAAUCAAAUGUAAAUAUGGUGGGUAAGAGCCAUUGCAUUAUUUUUCCUUCAGCAAUCAGCCAGCAUUGACAACGUUUAUUUUAAUAGGUAAAUAUUACAGAGCCUUGAGUUUAUUUCAAGCUCCUGUUAUGCCGUUUUGAUUGGAUUUAAGCCACCUGAAUAUUUUUUCUUCACGAGUGAAGCAUGAGUGUUUUAAUUUGAAUAAAGUUGAACCAUAAGUGAUUUCAUAUAAACAGACUGGCUAUUACAUGUACAUUCUACCAUAUGUACACUGGUAUGUGAUGGAUUUAGGUAUCACCCAUUACAGGUCUGUUAAAGAUUCUGAAUAAAGCGAUGCAACAACGUU